CCAGAGGGUCUGUCAGUGAAGUAAAUAAAAAAAUGGCUGCUCGCCCUAAAUCUCCUCGAUCCCCAAAAACUCCCGAUAAAGACGAGAGUAUUUGGGAUAAAAUUGGUACUCUGGGCAGGAAAAAGAGGAUCAAGGAAGUUCAAGAGGUUCAGGAGGAAGGCAAGCAUGCAAUUGACUCUCCUGGAAACCCAAAUGCCCCUAUCAUCCCAGCUGAAGACUACAAUUUGAGUGACAAUGAGCAGAGGGCCAUGAUUCAGCCUCAAUCCUUGAAUGAUCCUUCUGUGAAGAAGUUACUGGAAGUCCUCAUCAAUUGGAUCAACGACGAAUUGGCUGAACAACGAAUAAUCGUGAAGAAUAUCGAGGAGGAUCUCUACGAUGGGCAAGUGCUGCAGAAGCUCUGGGAGAAGUUGACACAUCGCAAAUUGGAUGUCCAGGAAGUGACUCAGUCGGAAGAAGGACAGAGGCAGAAGCUCAAAAUUGUCCUCCAGGCAGUCAAUCAUACUCUGGGAUUCCAUCACAAAACGCCCAAAUGGACAGUUGAGAGUGUCCAUUCGAAGAAUCUCGUGGCCAUUCUGCAUCUUCUGGUGGCCCUUGUGCGUCACUUUAGGGCUCCAGUUCGUCUUCCGGACAACGUUUACGUGACUGUGGUGAUUGUUCAGAAGAAUGGGACUCAGCUUAGCGCACAAAAGUAUCAGGAACAGUUGACGGCUCAGUAUGAUGAUGUUGGUAUGAGAUGCGAACCGGACGCCUUCGACACUCUUUUUGAUCAUGUUCCCGAUAAGUUGGCCGUAGUUAAGAGGUCACUGGUGACUUUUGUGAACAAGCAUCUGAACAAGUUGAACUUUGAGGUGUCAGACCUGAGUACAGACUUCAAGGAUGGGGUGUAUUUGUGCCUGUUGAUGGGUGUUUUGGGGGGUUUCUUUGUGCCUCUCUAUGAUUUUCACUUGACUCCAAAGGACACCGACCAGAUGGUCCACAAUGUGGCUUUUGCCUUUGAACUGAUGCAAGAUGUGGGACUUCCAAAGCCCAAAGCACGUCCAGAGGAUAUUGUCAACAUGGACCUCAAGUCCACCCUCAGGGUACUCUACAAUCUCUUCACUCAGUACCGCAACAUCUCCUAAAAGAAUCAAUGCCAUCCCCGAGGCCAAAAAAAGUAUUCUAACAGUCACUAAAAAAAAUCAACGUCCAACCCACGAACACGGGUUGCAAUUCUAAUGUGCCUGCUCUCGAUGCAAGAAAAACAAAUUGUAAUUUUUUUUUGUGCUUUUACAUCUAAUAUAUUAACGAUGGUAACAAAUUUUCGACAAAGUGUGAAAAA